UUACCGUUUUCUGGGACUCCCCGUAAAAUGGAGACUAUCCUGGUUGGCCGAUAUUUUCACUAUCCAGCAUAGCAGAUAUCCUAAUUUGAAAAUUUUUUGAAUGUGCCUCACCGGAUUUAACUGGUUGACUUUUGUUUUUCGAAAUUCGGAAAUCGAAAUUGCAAAUAUUACUGGACGCGAUGGGUAUGCCCCCUCCCCGACCCCCAAAAGAAAGAAAAAUUGUUGGUGAGGGGCUUUUGCCGUGAAUGUUAGAACUUGCUGUUAUCACUGGUUUUCUGUCUGUAAUUGGUAAUGAUGUCGAGGCCCAUGUUGCUUGUUUUCUUGCUGCUUAUACUUAUAAUCACUUCUCAGUUUGAGUGGAAACAGCAGCUUGUGGCCGAUGUUGAUUCAAAUCCCAGUGUAUCUCAAAAGCAGAACCAGAUUUCGAAAAGAGAAGAAACAGUUAAGGAGAAGAUUAUAUUAGUGCAAGAGAAGAACAUCCGUAGACUCAAUGAGCUUGUAAAGCAUCUCCAGGAACAACUGCAACAGUGUAGAAGCAAUAACCGAACAACUAAUGGUACCGUGACUCCUCUGACCGAGCGCAUUCUUGAGCUUGAACGACAGCAAACUCUUGAGGAUUAGGCUGAGACAACAAGCAUGUCUGAUACGCUCGUCCCUACGUUAAGUUGUAAUUUGUAAAGUUUCUCUUCUUUUUUUUUUGGCAAAACUGUUUGUCUAUUCGUUUGAAAGAAAAAGGCUGUAAUAGAUUUGCUUCCUCAUCGGAACAACGAUAGCGAUAUCAUUUAAAUGUGAGUCCCACGUUAUUCAAAUGUAAACUGAAAGGAGCGGUAUCUCCUUCUAAUCCAUGUUUGAUAAGGCAACAUAAUAUAGAACGACCAUUUGGGUCGAACAUUCGGAAUUAAA